AUGAGUACUAGACAGGGUCGCAAAAGUGUUCGUAUCGCAAAGAUAGAAAAUCAGAAUAAUCGACAAGUGACUUUCUCAAAACAUCGAAAUUGUGUCUUCAAGAAAGCAAACGAGCUUGAUAUUAUGACUGGUGCUGAAGUUGGCAUCAUCGUGUGUCCACAAGGUAGCAAGCCUUACUCUUUUGGUCAUCCAAAUGUAAAUGAAACCAUCAACAAAUAUGUUGGCGAAGAAAGGCCUCCAUCACCAUCAUCACCGGGCAUUGAUGACAAGUAUGUCCAAAUGUUCCGAAAAGACAAUUCUAGAAAACUUAACACACGACUCAAUUCUCUACAAAACCAGCUGGAUUCUGCAUUAAAUUUGAAAAGCAAACUCAAGCAAAUGAAUAAGAAUGUGGAGAGCCAACAAGAGUGGUUCAAGGGACCUAUAGAGAAGAUGAAUUACACCGAGGCUUCAAUGUUGAAGGAGGGAUUAGAAGAUCUGCUCUUGAAGGUGAAGAACUAUGGUACUGAGCGUGCUUAUGCCUUGGCUGCAGAAGCGGCUGCGCAGAAGCAUGAAGUCCGUCGCAGAAGCAGAAAAAGGGAAGGGGCAGCCUCAUCACAGAAGAGAACUCUUGUCCGCAGAAGCGAGCUAGCCCGUAGAAGCGACCACAAUCUCCGUAAAAGCGAGGUCGCAGAUGCGACUUCGCAUAUGCGAGAUCUGGCUUGCAAAUACAAGCCUCGCAUUUGUGAAGAGACCAUCGCAUUUGCGAGCAGUGGGCUGCGGGGAAGACCUUCACAAUUGCAAAGUUUUGAUCGCAUUUGUGAUCCUGGCAGUCCGCAUUUGCUAACACUGAGGUGUGAUGUUUCUUGCAUUUGCGGGCUUCGCAAUUGCGAAGACCAGGUCGCAAAUGCUACAUCUGCAGCUGAACAACUAUAA